GAAACAAAACCCUAUUAGCUACCCAUUUCCCCACAGCAAUUCAGCUGCACGCGCACACCUUCUCUCUCUCUGCACAUACGCCGCCCGUCCUCUCCUUCUCAUCGCCGCUGCAGAUCCGCCAUCCUUUCCCUCUCGGAGCCGCCCCUAAUUGGUAUUCUGUUUUUGUUCAUUUUCCGUGUUAUUAUUAUAAUUCCAAAUGGUUCUCUCCCACAGUCAUAGAAGUAACAAAUCUUUGGAAUUGAGGAGUUGAUGGGAGACGAAGAUGUUGGUUCCACGCCAUCAUCUGCUACUGCUGAGUCGCCCUCCUCGGUCCCUCCCCCGCUCGGAAUGACGCUGGAGCUAUGCCGGAAUAAUAUCCAGAAAGCUUUACACAAUCCAAAGGUGAAAACUCUGAUGGAGAGUAUGGAGAAAUCUGGAUGCAAAAUCGGAGAGAAUUUCUUCAAGGCUAAAUAUUGCAGAGGUGUACACGCCGGUCAUUUCAGCAGGGGGCGAGGGAUUGGAAUAUGUUGUAAUUACAUGGGACAUAAUGACUAUUUGGUACAAGCAAUGAUUCAUGAGCUCAUCCACGCAUAUGACGACUGUCGUGCUGCUAAUAUGAAAUGGGAUAGCGCCGCUCAUCAAGCCUGCAGUGAGAUUCGAGCUAAUCAUCUCAGUGGAGAUUGCCAUAUUAUCAGAGAGUUUCUUCGCGGUAAUCUAAAGUUGAAGUUGAAUGAGAUAAAGGCUCAUGAGCCAGAAAAGUAAGCUUUUGGAGGGAAAUUUCAUGCAUACAACUUUCCUUUAGUAUAAUAGGUAGAUAUCAUGAUCUAAUAAAAUCACGUGGUUAGAGAUUAAGGGAUUUUGAUUCCUACUUGAUAGAAAUGUGUGAAGAAUAGAGCAGCUCGAUCUGUGGCUGCAUGUGGCCAUUCACCAGCUACAACAGAGGCAGCCAUUGAAGGUGUUUGGGAUACUUGUUACAAUGACAAAGCGCCCUUUGAUCCAGCUCCUUGAGUCCUCUUCUCUUGCUGGGGAAUAAAACUUCUCUUGUUGAUUAGAAUGAAUUGUUGAAUGCCUUUCAAUAACAGAUAUGAGGUAAUGAUGCAUUCUAUUAUCUGAGUUUACAUUCUUGAAAUCAUUAUAACUCCAUUUAAUAUAGCUAUUGAUUUCCUAUUCCUUUUCA